CCGGGACCUCCCGAAUUUGAGGGGGGGGCUUCGUUGUCAUGGGGACGGCGCUAGGCCGCGGUCGCGGCCUACUCAGCCACUCGAUCGGAGGCUUCGUUGUCGUGGCAACGAGGCCCCGGUGAGUCACGGGAGAGGCGGCGGCGGCAGCGUGAGACCCGUGGGGACACGAGCCCCUCCUCCCCGCCCGCCCCGCGCCCCCCAGGCGUGUCCCCGGCCCGCCGCCGGCAUGCGGCUGCUGUGGGGAAGGGGCUGACCCUGCACCGCGCCCCAGCGUCGCCAUGGCCUCCCAGCCGCAGCCCCUCUGCCCCGCCGUGCCCUGUGCCUCCCCUGCCGGCACUGGGGGGGCCGGGCUGGCCGGCAGCCCCGACAAAGGCAUCGCGCGCCCCAAGCCACCGGUGCGGCCCAAGCCCCGCGUGCUGCCCAAGCCGGCCGUCCCCGCCAAGCCCCCGGUGCUGGCCCCCGCACCGGCCCCGCGGCACCCCCGGCCUGAGCUGCCCUCGGCCGAGAAGAUGAAUCGCCUGGCCGGGCCCCAGCCCUACAGCGGGGGAGGCGCGGGGGGGCCCCUCCGGCGCCCCUCCUUCACUGUCAAGUCGCCCGAGACCCCCAAUGGGAAGGGGCUCUCAUCGCCCCCGGUGGCAGCCACCGAGGAGGAGGUGUCCCCGGCCCCGCCAGCCCCCUCGCGCAAGGGCCCGGCGCCCUUCAAGGUGACGCCAGUGCCGGUGGCCGCCAGGCCGGAGCGGUUCCCCGGCACCACCGUGGAGGAGAUCCUGGCCAAGAUGGACAGCAGGGCGGGCCCAGGCAGCCCAGACCGGGCCUGGCUGUCGCCCUUCUGCACCGACUCCUCCUCCCGCUUCGGCUCCAAGACCUUUGCUGCCUUCCGGAAGCGUCCCAGCGGGGAGGCUGAUGGAGACCCCGCCAGCGAAGCCCUCCAGGUGCCCCAACCUGCGGCAGAGGGAACGGGGGACGAUGGACACCCUGUGGCUGAGACGAGCAGCUCCCCCCCAGCCGGGCCGAGCUGUGCCGGGGACCCCCGCGGACGCCGGAGGCCGCCGUCCCCCCCUGACCUUUCCUCUCUACAGCUGGGUGCCCUCGGACCUCCAGGCUCCCCAAGGCCCCCCACCUGCCCAGCCCCGGCCCCAGGAGCUCCUUUCCAGCCUGCCGAGCCCUCUGCCCCGGCCCCUGGCUCCCCUGAUGCCCCCCCUGAGCUCCUGGCCCCUGACUCCCCCACACUGCCCCCCGGCUCCCCCGAAUCCCCCGCUCGGCCUCCAGCCAGGGUCCCCGUCGCCUCCGUCCAGGCCCCGGGUGCUCCCUCGGCCACCGAACCCCAGCUCAGCGUCUCCCGUUCCCCCGGCUCCCCGCACACUCCGGGGGAGGGAUCUCCUGGCACUGCCAGCCCCCCUGGCACUCCUGACCUGCCCCCGCGAGUCACCUGCCCCCCCGGCUCUCCCGAGGCUGCUGCCGAGUACCUGGGCCCCCCCAGCCCACCCCUUGCCAAAGCCUCUCUUCCCCCGGGCUCCCCAGAGGGACCUGAUGACUCCGCAGUGUCCCCACCGUCCCCUGAGGGUCCUGAUUUCAACCCCCCUCCCCGGGAUGUGGGGCUCCGGCGCUCCUCAGAGGGGGUGCUGCGGCCCCCGCCCACGGGGCAGGGCCUGGGGGAGCUGGGGGGCUCGCUGAGCGCCCUGCCCCGGCCUGGAGACCUCCUGUCGGAGCCCUCCCUGGGCAGCGAGUCCGCGUGGAGCCUCUCCCAGUCCUUUGAGUGGACAUUCCCGUCGCGGGGGGCACGCCUGCCAGCCUUCCCUCCCCGCUCCCCCAUCCGGGAGACACCUGACUCGGGGCUCUCCGAAGCGGGGGAGUCGGAUGGGGAAGCUACAGCCCCCGGCCCUCCGAAGGACAGCAGGUCUGAAGGAUCUGACAGCCAGGAGGCGGAGGGGGCUCCGUGCCCAGGGGGUCCCGUGGCCCAGCGAGAGGCUGAGGGCUCGGCACAGGAGGAGGAGGAGGAGGAGGAGGAAGGGGAGGCAGAGCGGGAUGCUCCCGUGUCCCACUCCCCGCUUCACGUGACAGAGCCUGGCCAGGAGCCAGCUGAACCUGAGUCCCCCCCCCAGCCCAGGCUCACCACAGCUGCCCCCCUGGGUCCAGCCCCCCCAGAUCCAGCUGCUCCAGCUGACUCAGCCUGGGCAGGUGAUGGCCCCAAGAGCCUGCAGGGUCCUGGGGGCCCAGGCCAGGCCGAAGGGCCCUCGCAGGGCCCUGACCCCCACGCUGACCCGGGCUGGCUGACGGAGCUGCUGGUGUCGCCCGGGGUCCACAGCUCUCCGGAGAAUCUGCUGGGCUGGUCACGGAAGGACCUGUGCAGUGAGUUUGGCAUUGGCCGCCCUCGCCAGGACAGCACCUUCGACUGGAGCCACCCAGGUGUGUCCAGGGAGAGAGACUGGCCUGCUGAGACCAAGCAGGACCAGGAGUUCGGGACCAGAUCCAGCUGGGGCAGCACCCAUGGUGACAAGGACAGCAGUGCCCGGGAGAGCUGGAGCGGUGACUACAGAACAACGGAGCUGAUGGGGGACAUGAAACUGGGCUGCAGUGACUGGUCCCAGUCCCUUGGCACUGGGGAGAGCUGCCUGCAGGAUCCAGACUUGAGUGCCAGCACAGCCAAGUGGGGCCAGGGCUAUGGCAGCACGGAGGAGCUCGGCUCUGGACAGGCCAACUGGGGCAGCGGCCUUGGCACGGGACACAUCCGGCAGCUGGACAAGGAGCCGCGCUCCGGGCAGCCCACCUGGGCAGGCAGGUACAGCGGCGGGGACACGGAGAUGAAGGACAGGGAGCUCACCCCAGACUGGGCCGGUAAAUACAGCAGCCGGGAUGCUGGGAGCAAGGACAAGGAUUUAACGCUGGGCUGGGCUGGCAGAUCCAGCACUGGGGACGCUGGGAGCCCAGAUAAGGAGCUCAGCCCCGGCCGGCCAGCCUGGGACAGGGGGUAUAACCCCAGGGACAUGGAGAGCCAGGACCGGGAGUUCAGCCCCAGCCGGCCAGCCUGGACUGGGGAAUACAGGGACGCGGAAAGCCAGGACUGGGAGUUCAGCCCCAGCCGUCAGGCUGAAGGCAGUGAGUACAGCACUGGGAGCGUGGAUUCCCGGGACCAGGAAUUCAGCCCCAGCGGAGCGGCCUGGGAUAACAGGUACAGCACCCGGGACAUGGAGAGCCAGGACCGGGAGUUCAGCCCCAGCCGGCCGGCCUGGACUGGUGAAGUCAGGGACAUGGACAGCCAGGACAGGGAGUUCAGCCCCAGGAGACCAGCCUGGACCAGUGAAUACAGGGAAAUGGAAAGCCAGGACAGGGAGUUCAGCCCCAGCAGGCCGGGCUGGGAUGACAGAUCAAGCAGCAGGGACACGGAGAGCUGGAGCCGAGAGUUGAGCACCAGCAGGCCAGGCUGGGAUGACAGAUCCAGCAGCAGGGACACGGAGAGCCGGGACCAAGAGUUGAGCCCCAGCAGGCCGGCCUGGGAUGACAGAUCCAGCAGCAGGGACACGGAGAGCCGGGACCAAGAGUUGAGCCCCAGCAGGCUGGCCUGGGAUGACAGAUCCAGCAGCAGGGACACGGAGAGCCGGGACCAAGAGUUGAGCCCCAGCAGGCUGGCCUGGGAUGACAGAUCCAGCAGCAGGGACACGGAGAGCCGGGACCAAGAGUUGAGCCCCAGCAGGCCGGCUGAAGCCAGUGAAUGCAGCACCAGGGACCUGGAGGCCCAGGAUGAGUUCAGUCCCAGCGGAGCAGCCUGGGGUGACGGAUCCAGCACCAGGGACCUGGAGACCCAGGACAGUGAAUUCACACCCAGCAGAGCAGCCAGGGAUGGCAGGCACAGCACCGGGGACAUGGAGGCCCGGAGUGGGGAGUUGUUCAGCCCCAGCGGAGCUGUCUGGGAUGACAGAUCCAGCAGCAGGGAUGUGGAGGCCCAGGACAGAGAGUCCAGCCCCAGUGGAGCAGUCCGGCAUGGGGAGCACAGCUCCGUGACCCCCAGGGAGGAAGAGCAGGAGCUGAUCCCGGCCCGGCUGAGCUGGCCCGGUGAGGGCAGCAUCGGGCAGACCGGGCUGGUCAGGGGUGGCAAGGAGGACAUGCCCAGCUCCCACCACCCCAAUCCCCUGGCCCAGCAGCCGAGCUGGGGCGGUGCCCACCAGCAGGAGCGUGACAGCUCCGGCAGCAGGGACUGGGCUGAGGAGCUCCGAGCAGCUGAGUGCCACAACCAGUUCGGUCUCAUCAGGACAGAGCGGGUGCCAGACCCCUGCAGUGCCAGAGCCUCGGAUGGCUCCGUGUCCGGGGUCCUGCCACAGCCCCCCCAGGCAGGCUGGCACAGGGAUCUCUCUCUGGACAUGGGCAAUGCCCGCUGGAGCCAGGAUGUGGACAGCUGGAGUGUGGAGCCGCAGGAUGCCGAGGCCAGGCGCCAGGAGUGGGCGAGUGCCUUUGGCGCCCGCUGUGCCGCCCGCAGCCGGGACCUUGGCGCGGGGGAGCGGAGCCUGGGAGGGGACAUCGGCGCAGAGCACGGCAGGUCGGCCCCCAGUCCAUCGAUGGGUGACGUUCCAGCUGAUCUCCCGGCUGCUGAGCCCCCCUGGAGCGAGUCACCCAGCCCCUCCGAGGAGGAGAAGGACCCCUCUGAGCCGGCCGCUGCCCCGCAGAGCACCAGGGCCCGCCCUUUGCUGCCAGAGGCUCCCAGUGGGAUCCCAGCGGACACAGGAAGUGAGAAACAGUCCUCAGACCACCCGGAUGGGGAGAGCUCCUCGAGCUGGGGGGAGCAGCAGCUCUCUCUGGGUACCCCCCAGCCCGAGGGGUCCAUGGAGCAGGGGCAGGAAUUUCCUCUUCUGGAGGACACGGAGCUCCUGGACAGCAGCGUGUUCCGCAGCAAGGCCAGCCUGGGCCGCAAGCGCCAGCACCGGGCACCGUCCGUGCGCCCCACCGCCACCGAGGGGGACAGCUGGAUCUUCCGGGACUCCACGGAGCCCCGGCCAGCCCCGGCAGCGUCCUCUGACGAGGAGGCAGCGGAGGAGCCCCGGAGCCGGCGGAUGCGCGGCUCCCCCUCAGGCAGGGGGGUCAAGGUGCCGCUCUUUCCUGGCCUCAGUGCCUCCGCCAUCAAGGCCAAGCUGAGGGGUCGCAACCGCUCGGCCGAGGAGGGGACAUCAUCAGGGGAGAGCAAGGGGACCCCUCCUAAGGACCCCCACGUGCAGCGCUCCAAGUCCUGCAAGAUCCCUGGUGUGAGUGGGAAACCCCCGACCCUGCCCCCCAAGCCAGAGAAAUCCUCAGGAUCCGAGGCCUCUCCCCCCCACUGGCUGCAGGCGCUGAAGCUGAAAAGGAAGAAGCCUUGAGCGGGGCUCGCUCCCCGACGCCGACAGCCGCUGUCCCCGGACCAGGGCUGUCCCCUCCCGUGGGGACACACACACACACUCACCUAUGCACUUUGUACGAGCUCGCAGGGUCCCUGUCUUCCCAACACCUCCUCCCCAUCCCCCCUUUGUACCCUGUUCCCAUGGUCCCCAAGGGGCUGGGGGUGGGCACGAGCCCCCCCUUCCCCUCCCCCCUGCUCGUGUAUGGCCCCGGACACAGGGCGAUGGGUCCGGCUCGUGGUGCCGCUGCCACAGACAAUAAAACCUCGCUGGUCAGUUCA